GUCGAUGUGCAAUGGAAUUCGCGGAAAAGCACGAUUUUUUCAAUAUAAUUAUUCUAUGUUUAAUCUUAACAUUAUGGGCUUACUGGCUGUGGACGAGAAAGGAACUUUAUGCAUUCGCAUUUCGUUUCCCAGGACUAUUUGGAUUCCCAGUUUUUGGAGUGAUACAUCGCUUAAAGAGCUUAAAUAAUGUCAUACCUGAGAUAGGUAAAAUGUUUAAAGAUUGUAAGGCAUACACGAUCUGUACGUGGAUGGGCUUACGCCCUGUUAUUAUAACUGCCGAUCCUGCCUUCAUAAAGGAUGUACUAUCUUCAAACGAUUUACUAAAUAAAGCCCAACCAUUAUAUGGACCAAUCUAUGAAGCAUUCAAAGGCGGAAUAAUUGCAAGUCCAGCGUCCGAAUGGCAUCGAAAUCGUCGAUUAAUAAAUCCGAGUUUUCAUCAAAGAUUACUUACAUCCUUUUUCCCAAUAUUUAACAAGUCUAAAGACGGAGCCAUCCAAAAAUUCUGUGAAAUGGCAAAUAGUGGGCAGGAAUAUCAUAUGGGGGAAGAAUUGCAAAGGGUCACUUUAGGCAUAACCGUUGAAACGACAAUGGGGAAAAAAAUGGAGAAGGGUGAUGAGGUAUCAGAGGAUUUAGUAAAAGCUUAUGUUGUAGCUCUCGAAGCCAUGCCCACAGAAUGCAUUAUGGCAUAUAUACAUUUAAACCAUUGGUACGCUCAUUUCACGAAAAGCACAAAAGAGUACAUACAGAAAUUCAUUAUGGAGCUUCUGAAUCGGAAAUUGUCACAAAUAUCUAGCACGAAGGUUGCUGCCAACUUAUCUACUGAAAACUCGAACAUCCUCGAUGAUGCUACGAGUGAAAAUGGCGAAUAUAAAGCAAAAAUUCCGAAUAUUUUCGUUGAUCAUGCAAUAAAUUUAUUCCAAGAGGGGAAAAUGUCUUACCAUGAUGUAAUUGGGGAAACUAACACCAUCGUAACCGCAGCUUUUGAGACAUCCGCAAAUGGACUCCUGUCAACUCUUCUAAUGUUGGCCAUGCACCCUUCUGUGCAGGACAGAUUAUACGAGGAAAUCGUAAACAUAUUCCCUGAAAAAUCCUUUUACAUAGGCUAUGAACAUUUUGCUAGUCUGCCUUACCUGGAUAUGGUUGUCAACGAGACCUUGCGACUAAUGCCGUCUGUACCCAUGAUUGGCAGACAAGUGGUACAAAACACAACACUUAGUAACGGCUUAGAACUGCCAAAAGGAUUUUCCAUUUUAAUUUCAAUUUUUGAUGUGCAUCGAAGAACAGAUAUUUGGGGUCCAAAUGCACAUAAAUUUAACCCAGACAAUUUUUUGCCGGAGAAUUUGGAGGGAAAGCACCCAUAUGCGUAUAUGCCCUUCUCGAAAGGCAUGCGUAACUGCAUUGGAUGGAAAUAUGCACUAAUGGCAAUUAAAGUACUAUUGGCAGGAUUUGUUCGAAACUUUUCAUUUUCAACGACUGCGAAAUUAGAAGAUUUGAAAUUUUCUAAUAAUGUAUCUCUUAAAUAUACUUUCGAACCCAAGUUGACUAUAAAACAUCGUAAAGAUUAAUAGUUAGAAAUCAGAUUUAGUAUGAACCAUAGACCAAAAACAAUAAAUCGGGAAGUUAUAAACGGGUGAUGGCCAUUGCAUCCAGGCUAAAGGA